AUGCGUACCAUUCGAGGUAUCCAAUAUUAUUAUUCGUGUUCCGGUAAAUCGAGCAUUCUGGCGCUCAACUGGCUAGUCUGUUCGAGCAUACAAUUUGAGUUCCUAUCUUUCAUUGGCAAAUCACUACUGCCGCAACAAGGAACAAACCACAUGUUAAUGCGCUCGCGUCCAAAUGGGGAAAAAACAAAGCAAAAUGAAUUGUAUUCCUGUUGUCAACUGUAUUUUGCUUUUACUGAAUAUAUAUGCGUCCCCCUUCCUUUCUCUUUUCUUUUCUGCCCCUUUCUCCAGAAUGGCAAACGCAACAGGGCACUACAACUUUCUUUUUAA